GCGCUAAAUAAAUAACCUUUUUCCUUUUUAGAAAAAGGACGAACGUGACAACUUGGAAGGAGGUGAUGUGUUUUUAGAUUUCUCCAGGCAAGAUGUCGGGCCACGAUCAGUUGGUCCACUGUUUGUGUGAAAUAACAAGGUUGCUGUGGAAGAUGCUGCUGCCGCUGCUGUUUCUGUGUGUGCUGCUGAUCGCCGUCCUGGUCCUGCUGGUGCUGGCGGUGCGCUUCUGGCUCCAGAGCAGCAGGAGCGCGCGCCGGGCGAGGGACGGUCGUCCCACGGUGGCCUUCUUCCACCCGUACUGCAACGCCGGUGGCGGGGGAGAGCGGGUGCUCUGGUGUGCCAUCAGGGCGUUGCAGAGCAGGUACGUGGACAUAAACUUUGUGGUGUACACCGGGGACCUUGGUGUGACGGGUCAGCAGAUUUUGGACGGGGCGCGGCGGCGUUUCAACAUAGCGCUCCCUCGCCCUGUUCAGUUUGUGUUCCUGAGGCACCGGCUGCUCGUGGAGCCCGGCCUGUUCCCUCACUUCACCCUGCUGGGACAGAGUGUGGGCUCCAUCUUCCUGGGAUGGGAGGCGCUGACGGAGUUUGUCCCAGACAUCUACAUCGACUCCAUGGGCUACGCCUUCACCCUGCCCCUGUUCCGCUACUUGGGAGGCUGCAGCGUGGGGAGUUACGUUCACUACCCCACCAUCAGCACUGACAUGUUGUCUGUAGUGAGAGAGAGGAACCCCAGGUUCAACAACCCAGACUACGUCACCGACAGUCUCUUCCUGAGUGCAUUCAAGGUGGUCUACUACUGCCUGCUCGCUCUGUUUUACGGCAUGGCCGGCUCCUGCAGCGACCUCAUCAUGGUCAACUCCUCCUGGACCCUCGAUCACAUCCUGUCUCUGUGGCGCGCGCCCAACCGCACCAGCGUGGUCUAUCCGCCCUGCGACGUCAGCGCCUUCCUGGAUGUCCCACUGGAGGAGGACGGGAACAAGAAGUGCCACUCGAUCGUUUCCAUCGGGCAGUUCAGGCCGGAGAAGGACCACCGUCUGCAGAUCAAAGCUUUCAAGAAGGUCUUAGACAGUAGGAGGGAGGGGCCGGGGGGCAGGGAGGCGCUGAAGCUGGUUCUGAUUGGCGGCUGCAGGAAUCAGGAAGACGAGGACCGGGUGCUCAUGUUGCGGGGUCUGUGCCAGGAGCUGGGGGUCGCGGACAGAGUGGCGUUCAAACUGAACGUGCCCUUCGACGAGCUGAAGAGAGAGAUAGCAGAAGCCACCAUCGGACUGCAUACCAUGUGGAACGAACACUUUGGAAUAGGCAUCGUGGAGUGUAUGGCCGCGGGGAAGGUCAUUCUGGCACACAAGUCCGGCGGCCCCAAGCUGGACAUCGUGGUACCUUUCGAAGGGGGCCAGACAGGCUUUCUGGCUGAGGACGAGGACAGUUACGCGGAGGCCAUAGACAGGAUCCUGGCGCUGGAACCCGCCAGCCGGCUGCAAAUCAGAGAGAACGCACGUCAGUCCGUGGCUCGCUUCUCAGACCAGGAGUUUGAAGCCUGCUUCCUCGCCGCCAUGGAUCCUCUGAUGUCAACACUUGAACGAUGAGGAGAGGACUGAUAUUUUGCGUGUGUAGAGUUAACGUGUGAGCGGCUAUUUCACACGUCAAGCACCUUUUAACUUUGAUGCGUUUACACUGUAACGGUUUGACUAAAACCGAUUAAAAAUGAAUCAAGGUUUGUAAUAACUCUUAGUACAGAUUAGGUGCACGGCUCAGACAGAGUAACAAGGUACAGAUCAGAAAACAUCAGAUCUUUGCCUCGUGUGUUUGGAUGGAAUGCUGCCACAGAAAAUUGUGUAGCGCUCUUAGUUGUAUUUGUAAAUACCAAAAUCCCGAGCAAUGGCAUUUUUGCAGGACUCAUUCUUUUGUCAGUGGUGUCAGCUCACUUAAAGACGUAUUAUAUUUAGUUAAAAUGGCUGAAGGGGAACAAAUACGUAGUUUAGACAGCUGAAUAAGGUGCUGUAAAAUGUAACAGAUAAUAUAUUUAUUGUUUACAAGAACUUUACUUCAUUACAAGCCCAAAUUGUGAAGUAUUUUUGAUAUUGAUGAUGAAUGUAAUAAAGAUGUGAUCCGAGUAAGAGAUUAUUGGAUUCAUGUAGUUUAACAGGUAUGUUCUAUGAAACCAACAGUCCAAAAUGUAUUGUAUUUGUUGAUUUCAACUAAUUAAAAGACUAUUUGUAAAUGCC